UAUGCCUAUUAUUGACCUGAUGAUGAGAGCGAUAGCCGGUCAGAGAGACACGCUGACAGAGAGGGAUUCUCCUCUCUGCUGACUUUAUUCCACUCAAUAGUUUGCUGGAGCUCCACUGGCAUGUUUUCAGUGACGCGACUCCAUGAACAUCAAGUCUUUUCUCCCAUCUUUCACUCAGGCUAACAACUGAUCCAGGAUGGACCAUGGAGACAGAGGGAUGAGGGUGUCGGACCUUCGCUAUGAAGAAGAGGAUGACCAUCAAUCCGUCUAUAUAGGCGUCCCAGUUUCCCGUGGCUUACGGCGCAAACGGAGGCGACGGCGCUCCAGUCGAGAGGCUCAGGACAUGGACAGGGACAGACACUACAGCCACAGCAGACAUCAUGGCAAUGACCGCUACAGAGACAUCGACAUAGAGGAAGGACUCAUGGAUUCAGCUGAGCAGAGUCUGCAGGACAUCAACCGGACAAUGUCUCCAGCGGCAGAGCGGCUGCGUUACAUCCUGAACGAAGAGGAUGACGGGCCCACACCGACGCUCUUCACCGAGAUGGACACUCUGCAGCGAGAGGGCGACGAGCUGGAGUGGAAGGAGUCGGCCAGGUGGGUGAAGUUUGAGGAGAAAGUGGAGGAAGGAGGAGAGAGAUGGAGCAAACCCCACGUGUCCACGCUCUCCCUGCACAGUCUCUUUGAGCUCAGGACAUGCCUCCAAACAGGGACGGUCCUCCUGGACUUGGAAGGCUACUCAUUGCCUCAGAUUAUUGACGACAUCAUCGAGAGGCAGGUAGAAGAAGGCAUGCUGUCACCUGACCUCAGGGAGAAGAUCAGCUUUGUCCUCUUGAGGAAACACCGACAUCAGACCAAGAAGCCGAUCCACCGUUCCCUGGCCGACAUGGGCAAGUCCAGCUCCUCUGGAAAUCGAAGUGUACCACCCAGAGGUGGAGGGGGUCCGGGUCCGGGCCAGGGGCCCAACUUCAACCGCUCCACAGAAGAUCUUCGAAUGAAACAGCAGGCAGCUAACUACGGACGCCUGCGCCAUGCUCAGAGCAGAAGUAUGAAUGAUAUUGCCGACACUCCAAGCACCGACCAGCUGAGGAACAAGUUCAUGAAGAAAAUUCCCAGAGACGCAGAAGCCUCCAACGUCUUAGUGGGCGAAGUAGAUUUCCUCAACAAGCCCUUUGUGGCCUUCGUCCGUCUGGCUCAGGCCACAACGCUGGGAGGCCUGACAGAGGUGCCGGUUCCCACCAGAUUCCUCUUUAUUCUCCUGGGACCCCAAGGAAAGGCCAAGUCAUAUAAUGAGAUCGGCCGAGCCAUAGCAACCCUGAUGGUGGAUGAUCUUUUCAGUGAUGUUGCCUACAAAGCCAGAGAUCGGGAGGACCUGAUUGCCGGCAUUGAUGAGUUUUUGGAUGAAGUGAUUGUGCUUCCACCUGGAGAAUGGGAUCCCAAAAUCCGCAUUGAGCCACCGAAGAAAGUCCCCUCAGCUGACAAAAGGAAGUCGGUACUGUCGUUGAACGAGCUGGGUCAGAUGAACGGGACGGCCGGAGGAGGGGGAGGUCUCUCUGAGGACGAGGAGAUGCCAGUACAGCAUGAGCUGGGAGAGGAGCUGGCCUUUACUGGUCGUUUCUGCGGCGGCCUGUACCUGGACAUAAAGCGUAAACUGCCAUGGCUGCCCAGCGAUAUCUACGAGGGUUUCCACAUCCAGUCCAUCUCCGCCGUGCUCUUCAUCUACCUCGGCUGCAUUACCAACGCCAUCACCUUCGGCGGUCUCCUUGGAGACGCAACUGACAACUACCAGGGUGUGAUGGAGAGUUUCCUCGGGACUGCGUUGGCUGGAUCCGUCUUCUGCCUCUUCGGUGGUCAGCCCCUCAUCAUCCUCAGUUCCACUGGACCCAUCCUCAUUUUUGAAAAGCUCCUGUUUGAAUUCAGCAAGAACAACGGCAUAGACUACAUGGAGCUGCGCCUGUGGAUCGGCAUCCACUCCUGCCUGCAGUGCUUCAUCCUGGUGGCAUCAGACGCCAGUUACAUCAUCAAGUACAUGACGCGCUUCACGGAGGAAGGCUUCUCCAGCCUCAUCUCCUUCAUCUUCAUCUCCGACGCCAUCAAGAAGAUGGUGGGCUCUUUCAAGUAUUACCCCAUCAACACCGACUUCAAGCCAGACUACGUCACCACCUACAAGUGCGAGUGCCUCGCCCCCGACCCGAUUCCAAUGCCAGAUAACAGCUCUAGUGUCUCUGGGUUGAAUAUCACAGCUCUGGACUGGAGUCAGCUGGGCAAGAAGGAGUGCAUGAAGUAUGGAGGCUCUCUGGUGGGAAAGUCCUGCAAAUUCGUCCCCGACCUGGCCCUCAUGUCCUUCAUCCUUUUCUUUGGCACCUACUCCAUGACGGUCUCUCUGAAGAAGUUCAAGUUCAGCCGCUACUUCCCCACCAAGCUGAGGAAACUCAUCAGUGACUUUUCCAUCUUCAUGUCCAUCAUGACGUUCGUCGGCCUUGAUAUGUUGGUGGGACUCAAAACUCCUAAACUGAUCGUCCCCACCGAAUUUAAGCCGACGCGGCCGGGUCGUGGCUGGCUGGUGAUGCCUUUUGGGAAGAACCCUUGGUGGAUCUAUGUGGCCAGCUUUGUUCCAGCUCUGCUUGUGACGAUCCUCAUCUUCAUGGACCAGCAGAUCAGCGCCGUCAUCGUUAACCGCAAGGAGAACAAGCUCAAGAAAGGAUGUGGCUACCACCUGGACCUGUUCUGGGUGGGGGUCCUGAUGGCUGCCUGCUCCUUCCUGGGGCUGCCCUGGUAUGUGGCUGCCACUGUCAUCUCCAUCGCCCACAUCGACUCUCUGAAGAUGGAGAGUGAAUCCAGCGCUCCAGGAGAGCAGCCGCAGUUCCUCGGAGUCAGAGAGCAGAGGGUAACCGGCCUUUUGGUGUUCGUUCUCACCGGAGUGUCCAUCUUCCUCGCUCCAGUUCUUAAGUUCAUCCCCAUGCCGGUGCUGUACGGUGUCUUCCUCUACAUGGGCGUAGCUUCACUCAGUGGAAUCCAGUUCUGGGACAGGAUCAAGUUGUUCCUGAUGCCAUCCAAGCACCAGCCAGACUUCAGCUAUCUCCGCCACGUUCCUCUGAGGAGGGUUCAUCUCUUCACUCUCAUCCAGAUUAUAUGCCUGGCUAUUCUCUGGGUCCUUAAAUCCACCUUCUUGGCCAUCAUCUUCCCCGUCAUGAUCCUGGGUCUGAUGGUGGUGCGAAAGAUGCUGGACAUGGUGUUCUCUCAGCAUGACCUGGCCUGGCUGGACGACCUGUUGCCUGAGAAAGAGAAGAAGAAGAAGGAAGACGACAAGAAGAAAAAGAAGGAGAAGGAAAAGAAGAAGCCUAAAGCAGAUGACAGUGAGGAAGAGGAGAAGUACCGAGGCUAUUCCAACCAUUCCCCCAGCUCAGAGUCGGACCUGGAUCGCAGCAUCACCCUCCACUUGAAGAUCUCCUGCCCGUCGUCGCCGGCCAUGCCUAUGGGCCGAGGGAUGGCCUGCCCCGUACCCCAGGUCAAGAUCGAGAUGGAGUCGGACUACGACUCGGACACGGACCUCCACCGGGGCCGGGACAUUAGCAGUGAGACCACGUUAUGAUCCCCUGAAAGCCACCGGUGCAGAGCUGGAAGUUGGCAGCAGGAUGGAUACGGACAUCCCUGUUUGAUGGCCUGUUGUCCAGCAAACAGGACACCGAGGAUGAAAACAUUUAUUUAUUUACUUGUAUGAUAUAAAGGAUCCUGCAGAGAGGAAAUAUGUUUGGGAAAUACUGUGACUUUAUGUAAUUAUUAUGCUGCCAUUUUACUGUGGCUAGUUCUGAAUAAAAUGCAUAAUGAUGCCAGAUGGAUGUACAGAGAUGAGCAGUAGCUGUAAAUCCUCCUGUAUAUACUGUAGCUCCGUUAGCGUGUAAAUAUCCGGGUUGAUCUGAUCCCAAAGCUUUUUCCCCGUUUUCCCUUCAUAACUUCCAAAUCGGCACAUUUAGCAAGAAAAAAAGAAACAACCAAAAGGCCCUGAUGUGUGUUUGUAGGCCUGCCUCCUGUCUGCAGCUGUAACCAGCAGCUCUUUGUGUUUUUAUAUGGCUGACUUUAAACGGGACACCAGAUGUGCUGUAGACAGAAACCAAACAAUUAAACCUUCUUUAUUCUGGA